AUGGCGUGUUUGCGAGUCGCAUUCACUCCUUCGGGGGCUGUAUCUUCAGAGAAGUUUUUGAUUAGGAGGAGGAACUGCACCAGUGUUCGGCGAGCGAGGUCAGGAACGAGCUUUGCAACGCUUCCGCGCUGUCACGUCGUACAACGUUCUGCUGAAGAACCUCGGAGUCACGCCCUCUGCACUGUGCUAGAGCGAAAACGUGCUUCUUUGCCGUUUAACCCGAAAGUGUGGACGCAAGGAUCCGCAUCUGGGACUGAGAGCCCGUUAGCAAGUUUAUGUGGUGGAGGAUACGGCGGCAACAGUGGCCACAGCGGCGGCGGCGGUGGUAGCGACGGCGGCCGAGGUCGUAACGAAAGACCAGACGGGAACGACGAGAAUGGACCACUCUCGCUUCUGACGCAACUGGGGGCCUUGCUCUUCUGUAUCUGGCGAAGACUAGGUGACACAAACCCGGAAUGUCUCCGUGCUUCUCUGUUCGGGACGGUACUACUGGCGACGCAAUUCAAUGAAAAUCCGCAUACGAGGAGGCACGUUGCGGGCUCCGUCGUAGAUGCAGCAGCCUUUGUUGGCGACUCGCAACGACCCGUUGUUAUUUUGUUGUCGUGGCUCGGUGCACAGCAGCGACAUAUGGUGAAAUACGCAGAGUGGUACAGAGACCGUGGCUACGAUGUGAUCACGUUGUUUAAUGGUCUCCAGACGGCGUUGAUUCCGGCCUUCUCGCGACGACAAGCACUGCGUGUGCUACAUUUAAUGGACGAAAUCCCUGAAAAUAGACCGAUAGUGGUCCAUUCGUUUUCUAUUGGCACAGGAAUCUACGGCUAUAUGCUAGACAUCAUUCAGCGGGGCCAGUACGUCACAGAGGAUAUGGGUCGAAAACUCCAGCGGCAGAUCCGAGGAGUGAUAUUCGAUUCGGGACCAGGACACAUGCAGGCGAGUUCUCUAGCCCAAGGUCUCUAUGCAGCCUGUCCAAAAGUGGGGUACCGUGUCUGGAAUGCUGUUGCGGAAGCUCUGUUUCGAUUUCUGAAUGUUGCUGAGGGUUUCCGGGCAGCGGAACACGCCCUGCAAAACGUGCAACUCCCAUCCGUUCCGCAACUCUACCUCUACAGCCUCGAUGACAGCAUUGUGAAAGACCUUGACAAGAGCGUGCGUGAGUACAUCGAUGCUCAGAGACGUCGGGGGCUGGAGGUCUACCAAAAAGUUUGGGAACAGAGCCAACAUGCCACACAUUUCAAAGUGCAUCCCGAAGAGUACAAGGCACAAGUGGAGAGCUUUUUGAAGCGAGCUUUGAGUGAUGUUGAGGUCGGCAUGCGCGGCAUGCUCGACAAACUGCAUGAGGCGACCGGCGAUUCCGAGUCGAAGGCUAAUCCGACUUCGAUAACAGCAGCACCAGCAGCAGCAAAAUGA